GCAACAUUGUACAUCGCCUCUAGGGUUAUCUACAAUGUUUUCUUUCAUCCAUUGGCCCGAUUUCCAGGACCAUUGGUGCACAAAAUCUCCCGACUGCCAUAUGUCUACCGGUCUGCUCGGGGAACCCUUCCCUUCGAUAUGCUAGAUAUGCAUAAGCGAUAUGGUGACAUUGUCCGCAUUGCACCAGAUGAGCUGGCUUUCUCACAUCCCGAUGCCUGGCAAGAUAUUAUGGGUCACCAGAAGGGACAAGGGGAAUUCUCCAAGGCUGACUGGUUCUACCGUCCAGUUGAACAGCCGUCACAUGUAGUCAAUGAGACCAGAGAGCAACAUGGGCGUCUCCGCCGACAAAUGGCUCAUGGCUUCUCUGAAAAAGCGAUGAGAGACCAGGAACCACUGAUUCGCGGGUAUGUUGACAUGUUGCUCGACCGACUGCAUGAAUUUUGCAAGUCCGGUAGUCCGGUGAUCCUAUCCGACUGGUAUAACUAUACCACUUUCGAUAUUAUCGGGGAUCUGGCAUUUGGUGAGCCAUUUGGCUGCCUCCAGGGGUCAAAUCUUGAUGGAUGGAUCAAAGGGAUCUUUGAAGCCGGUCGGCUCGGAAUUAUCUUGCAGGCUCUUUCGUUCUAUCCACUCGUGAAGCAGGCGUUGCUAUCAAUGGCUCCUGCGUCGAUGAAAGAAGCCCACGAGAGACACCAGAAACUUACCGAACAAAAGAUGUUCCGUCGGAUGGAGAAGGAAGAAGGCCGAGCCGACCUAAUUGAAGGACUUUUGCGAAAGAAGGAGGAGUUGAACCUGAGUGUUGGAGAAUUGAUUGCAAAUGCCGAAAUUCUCAUUAUUGGAGGCUCGGAGACUACGGCCUCGUUAUUGAGCGGAGUCACAUACCUUCUCCUCACGAAUCCAAGUGCCUAUGAGAAGCUGAAAACGGAAGUACGAACUGUCUUCCAGAGCCAGGAGGAGAUCAACCUUAUCUCUGUUAAUAAGCUUUCCUAUAUGCUUGCAUGUCUCGACGAGGCACUGCGUAUGUAUCCACCCAUCGCCAACGGCCUACCUCGAAUGAGUCCCGCGGGAGGAGCCAAGGUGCUGGGUGAAUAUAUUCCGGAAAAUACAUAUGUCGCGGUUCAUCAAUGGGCUCUCUACCGAAGAGAAGACUAUUUCAAAGACCCCAAUACAUAUCACCCAGAGAGAUUUUUGGGAGAUCCAAAAUUCGCCGAUGAUCGCCGAGAAGUGUUGCAGCCAUUCCAUACUGGACCGCGGAACUGCCUCGGUAGAAAUCUUGCAUAUAGCGAGAUGCGUUUGAUCCUCGCCUUGAUUAUUUUCAAUUUUGACAUCGAGAUCGCCGAUGAGGCCCGUGACUGGAUCAACCAGAGGAAUUUUCUGAUGUGGGAAAAGGGCCCGUUGAAGGUUCAUUUGACUCGAGUAUAA